AUGGGUGACACUAUGAAAGCUUGGCAAUAUUCUGCCAUCGACGGCAAGCUCGAAGAUUCUCUUGUUCUCAACAAAUCAGUGCCCAAGCCAAGCUCCUCAACCUUAAGCAAAGAUGAGCUCCUUGUCGAAGUCAUCAGCGCAUCGCUCAACCCAGCAGACUACAAAGUCCCCGAGUCAACUCUAAUCGGACGUCUCAUGGUCGCGCGCCCCGCUACGCCUGCCAUGGACUUCUGCGGCCGCGUUGUAGCCACACACACCACAAAUUCCAGCUUUCAAGUCGGACAACUUGUAUUCGGUGGAUAUGCUGGCGUUGGGCAGAAAGGCACGUUGGCAGAGUACAUUGUCAUCUUGGGAACUCACUGCGCACCCCUCCCGGAAGGCAUUGACCCUGAUCUGGGCGCGGCGGUUGGCACAGCAGCGACAACAGCCUGGCAGUCUCUGAUACCGGAUAUCCUGCAACCUGGCGGCAAGGUGUUUAUCAACGGAGGGAGCGGCGGUACAGGCACGUGGGCUAUCCAACUAGCGAAAGCCUUAGGCGUUGAGGUCGUCACGACGUGCUCCACCAAGAACAUCGAGCUCUGCCGAGAGCUUGGCGCGGAUGAAGUCAUUGACUAUAAGAAGGAUGACAUCGUGUCGAAGUUGAGGGAUCGGGGUAAGGUCUUUGAUCUCAUUAUCGACAACGUGGGCAACAGUACCGGGCUGUAUGACCGCAGCAGCGCCAUCUUGAAGCCUGGUGGGACUUUUGUCAUGGUGGGCGUCGGAGAAAGUCUGACGCUUUCAGGAUCGUUCUCGAUGUUGAGCAAAAUGAUUUGCCCAAAGAUUAUGGGGGGGCACCAAUUUUAUUUCGUGCGGAUGCAGAACAGCGCGCACUUUUUCCGACGAAUUGGCGAGUUGAUGGCACAGGGAGAAGCCAAGGCAGUAAUUGAUUACACGUUUGAGUUCGAUCAGGUGCCGGCCGCUUAUAGAAGACUGCGGGAUGGACACGCCAAAGGCAAAGUUGUUGUUCAAGUAGCGAAAGUCAAGGGUAGCAGGGCUUUGGGUUGA